AGGCGGGUGGGAGGGCGGGCACAGGGAGAGGCGGGCGCCGAGAAGGGGCAGGUAGGGCUGGGACGCAGGGGUGGCUGGAUCCCCCGACUUCAGCGCAGGCCCUGGUCUGACCACCCUGGGAGCAGGGACUUUCCACAGCCAGCUGGACGCCCACUCAACCCAGUAAAAGAGGGGACCCAUCCUGGGAGCCCCGGGGAGGGCACAGCCGCCUCCUCCUGGGCUCCCCCAUCACCUAGUGCCUACCUUCCCCCUGCCCCCUGCCCCCUGCCCCCUGCUGGGCCUGGUCCUCACCCGGUCCUCACCCCAUCUUUGUCUGGCCUUGGCUCUGCCCUUGAGGGGCCUGGGGGUGCAGCCGGCCUGCUCCGAGCUCCCCUGCAGAUGGAGGAGGCCAUCCUUGUCCCCUGCGUGCUGGGGCUCCUGCUGCUGCCCAUCCUGGCCGUGUUGAUGGCACUGUGUGUGCACUGCCACAGAUUGCCAGCCCUGUCUUUCCCAGGCUCCUAUGACAGCGCAUCCUCAGAUAGUUUGUAUCCAAGGGGCAUCCAGAUCAAACGGCCUCACACAGUCGCCCCCUGGCCACCUGCCUACCCGCCUGUCACCUCCUACCCACCCCUGAACCAGCCAGACCUGCUCCCCAUCCCAAGAUCCCCGCAGCCCCUUGGGGCCUCCCACCGGACACCAUCUUCCAGGCGGGAUUCCGAUGGUGCCAACAGUGUGGCGAGCUACGAGAAUGAGGAACCAGCCUGUGAGGAUGCGGAUGAGGAUGAGGAUGAGGACGACUAUCACAAUCCGGGCUACCUGGUGGUGCUUCCCGACAGCACUCCGGCCGCUAGCACUGCCGCCCCAUCAGCUCCUGCACUCAGCACCCCUGGCCUCCGAGACAGUGCCUUCUCCAUGGAGUCCAUUGAUGAUUACGUGAACGUUCCGGAGAGCGGGGAGAGCGCAGAAGCAUCUCUAGAUGGCAGCCGGGAGUAUGUGAAUGUGUCCCAGGAGCUGCAUCCCGGAGCGGCUAAGACUGAGCCUGCCGCCCUGAGUUCCCAGAAGGCGGAGGAAGUGGAGGAAGAGGGGGCUCCAGAUUACGAGAAUCUGCAGGAGCUGAACUGAGGGCCUGGUGGAGGCCGAGCCUGUCCUGGAACCAAGCUUGUCUGGGACGGCUGGAGCUGGACAGCUGGAAGUGGCUCUGGGGUCCUCACAUGGCGUCCUGCCCUUGCUCCAGCCUGACAACAGCCUGAGAAAUCCCCCCGUAACUUAUUACCACUUUGCGGUUCGGCCUGUGUCCCCCAAACACUCUGCACCUUCUGACGCAGCCUGACAACAAUGACCUGCCCUGGCCCCAGCCCUGCUCUGUGUAAUAGAAUAAAGGCCUGCGUGUGUCUGUGUUGAGCGUGCAUCUGUGUGUGCCCGUGUGUGAGUCUGAAUCAGAGAUUUGGAGAUGUCUGUGUGUGUGUCUGUGUCUGUGUGUGUGUGUCUGUGGGUCUCCAUCCUUCAUGGGGGCUCAGCCAGGUGCUGUGAGUGACAGCAGACAGUGGCUGGGACACUCCCCUUCUGAAUGAGGCCUUCUGACUUGGGCUGGCACUGCUGAGGCUCAGGACACAUCGCCCCAUGAGACAGUCCCAGGACGCGGCAGCUGCUGGCUGUGACAAUGGUUUCGCCAUCCGUAGGCCAAGGGAUGGGACUUGAUGACCUGGGAGGACUCUUAGUUCUUACCUUUUGUGGUUCUCAAUAAAACAGAACUUAAAAAAUC